AUGUCCGGGUCCCAGCAAGGCUGGCUCUCCUCCCUCUCGUCACUUCCUUCCCUGAUAUUCCCGCCCGUUUCUUGGUUCAUCAACGGCUCCCCAGACGGUUCUUCGGGCGCCCCCGCGAAUCUCUUGCCACUCGUUUAUUCGGAAAGCACCGUGGACGAUGCAGAAGCUUCCGAGACCGCUGCCGAUACCCCUUCGAGCUCUUUUGCUAAUUCUGAUGCUUCGUUUGUUGAUCACGAAAAAAAGAUACUCCCUGUUUGCUUGCUUUUUGAACGAAAAUUUAUUCGUGCUGACCGCCCGCGUAAUAUUAGACGUCCUUGGUUGCCUCGAUUCCCCAAGCUAAAGAGACAUUACCCCCCGGUUGAACGCAUUCGGACCGAACGAAGCCCAAAGGCCAACGCUAAUCCUCCACACUCGUACCGAAACCCACGAUCCUUUCCCAGACAAAGAUUCCUGGCCGAUACUAUCUAUCCUCGACUUGAACCAUCCGAUCCUAGACAAAAAGAUAUUUGUUUUGCGUUGUCUUCUCUGCAUAGACAGCGGGCACCCCAAGAGCCAAGUCCUGCACCACGAGCUCUUCGCCCCCCCGAGCACCCGAAUACAGUAUUUGUUGAAAUCAAUGGAAUUCGUACAAACAAACGUCGCGCUGAAGACCUCGAGGUUGAUCUGGUUGCUGCCAUUCAAAACUCGACUCAUACCAAUCCUCCAUCAUCUAUUUCUAUCUCUCGCACAGGGUUUUUCCCGGAGUCCGAGUCCAAGUUCCAGGAAGAAAUCCAGGCGCACAUGUCCCACGCAAAACCUCUUCCAGAACUCAUCACCGGGAUGAUGACCAACAUCUUGUCCACCUUCUCAGAUCUGACCGGUAUAUUCAGCCGACUUUUGUAUAAUCAAGCCUACGAAGUGUCCGAGUCUCGUUCCUAUAUUCAGAUCAAAGAUCCAUCCGGUCUCGAUGUCGCCAAGAAGCGCGUCAAGCUCACUUCUGAGAAAUCUGACUUCCAGUGGUUGGAUCGAGAUGGCCUUCACUCACUGCUUUCCCGCUACAGCCACUUCCGUCAUUGCUUUGACAAAGCCAGCUCUAUCCUCCUUGCUCAUCCGUCGCGUGCAGAGAUGAACAAACUCCUCAAACCACUCUUACCGGUCUUGGCGGAUAACGCUGAUGAUCUCAACGCGCUCAGCUCAGGAUGCGAUGGCGUGGAUCUCUGCAGAUUCUGGUUCUACUCAUGGCGGUCGAUGAUGACUUAUUUGAACACUGUCUAUGAAAUUGGCAGUUUCAUCAAGAUGAAGAAUAAGCACCAUAGAGCACCAACGGUUUGGCCAAACUCUCCCUCAUCAGAAACGCUGGAGACAGCGGCACGAAUCAGGAGGUUUCUAUCCGACCCAAGCCUUUUUGUUGUGUUGAAAUCCAUUCUUGAACUGAGCGACGAAUUGGUGAAUUAUCCUAUGCCAGCCGACAUGAUUGAUCGAGUGGUCCUCGACAUGGCAGCAGUUCAGCACAACAUCGUCCUGCCAAGUUAUGUGCAGUCUGAACAAUUUCACGAACGACUUCUAGAGUAUUUCCCGCCUCCUCAACGAGUGGACCCAGACUACGCCUGCCCAGUCCUCCCCGGAGCCUUCCCCGAGGCUGACUCAGAGUUUCACGAUGUCGGCUUAGUCGAGCCUGAAGUUCCCCCUUUGCCUUCGCUAAGCGUUGAACCACCUCCUCGCAUCUCCAAAAGGGGUUCAACCAAGACUGACCGCUUGAGAGCUAAAUUUUUUGCGGCCGAGAUAUCUCGUCUCACACCGGAGGAAUUCCAGACGAAGUACUGCGGACCAAGCGACGAUCACCGCAACAUAGAAAACGACUACAGCACAGAUUUCAUCGGAAAGAAGCCACUCACAACAGCCCAUGUCGGAGUUGUAAGAUCUAUUUUGAAGGACCGCAAAGCACCGAAGCGGCUCACCAUGACACGCGCCCCAAAGGCCGUGCGUUUUACCGAAGGCACUAUCACUCCUCGGCAACGAACGCAUCUGGGACUGGACAUCCGCAGACUGCUUCCCAGCUCUGAUCGCGCUACUGAUCCAGUUUUCAUUGGUAAUAUUAAGCUUGGACAGUCGGGGCCUGCCGAUGAUAAAUUGGAUGUAGAUGAAUGGGAAUAUCUCCGGGCUCAACAAACAAAUCGACAUGUCAAUUCAAUUUUUCAUGGGGCUAAAAUAUCGAAGCAUAAGCCGCCCGCCAAUGACGCUAUUGAUCCCUCGCUAGCGAUCGAGAGAAUGCUGUCAGUUUCGUCCAUCGAGUCACUAGCCAUCAGCGACGACACCAGGGCUGGCAUUGCCAUUAAGAAAGAACAGGUCGCCCAGCAAGCAGCAGAAGACGCCAGGAAGUAUGCCGAGGAGCGCGCCCGUCAAGAACUUGAAGAAAAGCUCGCCAGAACAGGGGGUCUUCGAGCUCCAGAGCAGCCUCUCGUAUCACCACUCAGUGACCACUGGCAAGAGCGGGCUCAAGAAACUCUCCGCAAAUCACCUCGAACUACGCUGGCAAAAACAGGAGACGGCAUUGAUCUCAGACGACACGACUUCGCCAAAGUCGUGAAAGCUACAGAGUGGCUUAACGAUGAAAUCGUCAAUGGCUGUCUCAAUUGGCUGGACCAAUCCAUUAAUUCGGCUGCUGGCAUUAAGGAUGUCAAGAAGAGCACCCGCAAGUGUCUUGCGAUGUCCUCCUUCUUCUUUAAAUUUUUGCGGGAGAACGGAUUCACCAAAUCCGAAAGAACUCUCCGACGCCAUGGAGUGGAAAAGAAGAACUUCCUCCAUGUGGAUACCCUGCUUCUCCCCAUUUGCGAGAGCUCACACUGGACGCUCCUCGUCAUUCGGCCAAGCAAAAAGACGAUAGCACAUAUGGAUUCCUUGAACCCACGAGGUUCACAAACAUACAUUAGUUUGGGUUUAGGGUGGCUCAAAUACAUUCUGGCGGAGACCUUUGUGGAAGAUGAGUGGAAGGUGACACAACACGAAGCACCAGUACAAACCAAUGGGUACGACUGCGGUGUACACACCAUCACCAAUGGGAUGUGCGUUGCAUUGGGCCUGAAUCCAAUUGACACCUAUACUACAGAAGACAUGCCACAGCAACGUCUCAGACUGGCCAGUAUGCUUUUGAACGGGGGUUUCACGGGAGAGUUCGACCUUCGUGUUUACUAA